CAUCCCCACCCCCACCCCCCCAACCCAAAAAACCCAAAAUCAAAAUUGAAAAAUUAAAAAAAUGAAAUCAAAUUGAAACACCAGCAGGCAACAACUACAAGAGUAAACAAAAUCAUAUAUAUUCUCAGAAACACCCCCCCACAAACCCUAAAAUUCCCCUUCUUCCCAUUCUGUUCCUGCUCCCCCAUUGGCUGAGUUUCAUGGAAUACUAUUAUUGUUGUUGUUGUGAGCAUAUACAGCCAAAUCAAAAGCAGAGCAAAAAGUAGUGAGUGAUGAGAUAGAAAAGGCAGCAGAGCCAAUUAGGGCUCCGUCGGAAAGUUUAUGCACUUAUAAAAAGGUAUCCCCUUCUCUCCCUCUUCUCUCCUACCCAAUUUAGGGUUCUUCGUUAUCUGUUACUUUUAUUGGGAGCUGGGUUCUCUUUUGUUUGUGCGUGUGUUUUUGUUGGUUCUUAUGGAUUUUCCAAGGAUGGAGCUGCUUUGGUCUUGUUCUGCCGUGGAUUUUAAGGCGGAGCUGGUCUUUGGCCUAGUGGUAUGAAUUUUGGUUCAGGGUUUUGAAUCUGGGGUUUUGUUUGGUUAUCUCUGGUUUGAGUUUUCGAUUAUUGAGCUGGAAUCUUUGUUAGACCACGAGCCCUGGAGUUUUGAGAAGUUAAAGUGGUCGAGCUUUUGGAAUCUUGAGCAGUGCCUUGUGUUGAGGGAUCUAGGUGGACUUACUUUUCUAAUAAUAGUUGAGUUUCUAAUCUUCACACGAGGCGGAGGUUUUACGCUAUGUGAAGAGUUCACGACGCUGUGGUUGCUCUCUUGGGAAGUUUAGGAGGGUUGAGAAUUGGUAGCUGUUGAGGAAAUUGGGGCGGAAAUGGCAGCUGAAUCGAACUCGGGCUUUCGCCAUGAGGGAGUUUUGGGCUCUGCUUUGAGCCGGCACGCAAUUUCGUUCCAGUCGGGAGCUAUAAACAGCACAUCUGAGAUGAUCCCGAUGGCCAAUUACUAUGGGGUAAACACUACAGUAGGCAUGAUGUUUUCUGGAAAUUCAAGCAUCAUUAACAACAAUCCGAGAGUAACUCAGGCUGGGAGUUCUUCUGGUUCUCUUCUUCUGGAUUCUGUGCCAGGGCUCAAGCAUGACACAGGUUUGGCUGUGGAGUGGUCUCUUGAUGAGCAGUGCAAGUUGCAGGAUGGACUUGAAAAAUUUGCGGGUGAACCCAGUAUCAUGAAGUACAUUAAGAUUGCAGCAACAUUGCAUGAUAAGACCGUACGUGAUGUGGCUUUGAGGUGUAGGUGGAUGACGAGAAAGCGAAGGAAACCAGAGGAAUAUAAUUCAGGGAAGAAAGUAAACAGCAGGAAGGAUAAAUUGGUUGAGUCAUCCUCCAAGGCAAAUGUAUCUUCAUUUUCACCAUCUAGUAUGGCUGCACAUUCUUUGAUUAUGAACCAUCUGGACCACAGUGAAACUUUACCUUCUGAAGGAUUAAGUGGUAGAACAAGGCAUCUUUUGGAGCAAAAUAAUCAAGUUCUUAGUCAAAUUUCUGCAAAUCUUUCUGCAUUUAAGUUGCAGGAUAAUAUUGACCUCUUUUUUCGCACAAGGAACAAUAUAGCUAUCAUCCUAAACGAUAUGAGUGAAAUGGCUGGCAUAAUGAGUCAGAUGCCACCACUGCCUGUAUCCAUAAAUGAGGAACUUGCAAAUAGUAUAUUGCCUAAUACAUCCCAGGCAAUGAUAUUUGGCUCAGCAAGUGGGAUUCAUCUGAAGCAGGAGCCCGGAUGCUAAUAGCAAAUCCUUGUGAUCGAGUUUGACUUGUCGGUCUGUGUAAGUACAAAAAUUUUUCUGCUGUAAAUGCGCAAGAAGAUAGUAGGGAGUCUUUCAUCCAUGUACAAACAUGCACAUCAACAUAUUGGGUCCGGUGAUGAGAAAAUUUGUAGAGAGAAUCACAUUUUUGGAAGCUGAAAAUUCUACCUUAUGGAUAGUGAAGUCCAAGCACCAACAAUAAUAAGUGCACAGAGCUGUCAGUCGUCUGUGGGGGGCUCCGAGGAGCGUGUCUAAUCAUAGGAAAGAAUGUGUUUUUACGCUUUAACUGUUGUUAAGGCCUUUUGUGUGUAUAAUCUCCUUGGGGAGUGGAUCAUUUUUGGUGCUUGAUUUAUCCGUAUUAGCUGUAGAAUGUUACGAUAUAGCAGAUGUGGCUUCUGUCAUUGUCCUUAAUGGAUCCAUAAAUAUAGUUUCUCUAUAUGUCGUCA